AUGCUAUCAAGGUCAAUAAGUGGACUUUUGGGCCUUAGGGUAGUUGGUGCUAGAAGCUUUGGUGUUUCUGCUCUUCACUUGCAGAAGAAUGUACAAGGCUCACUAUUUGGAGAGGUUACUGAGACUGUAGACUUGACUAAGGAUGAUGAUCCUAACAAGAUAUCCAACAAGCUAACCACUGCCACCGAACUAUCUGACGAUUUGGAUGCUGACACGCAAUUAAUUGAGGCAAAAAAGAACAUCACUCCAGCCAACGACAAGCAGUUGCAGAAAUAUAUCGAAGAAAGAGACCCAUUAAUCAAGUCUUUACCUGAAUAUUUGUUACCUAGGGCAAAGAGAGAGUUUUACGAGCAACAAGUGAAACGUAAUGGCGGAUUUUAUGACAAAAGUGUCCGUCCAAAAGAUCCAGCUUUGAGAAUAACGAGAGAAGAGCUUGAGGUUCUUGAGCCAAGUGUUUAUGUUAAGUCAUACAGAAUAAAAUCUUCCAUGAAAAAGGCUACACAAUUACUCAGAUUAUUGAAUGGUUUGGAUGUAAAAAAGGCCUUGACCCAGUGUCAUUUCUCAGACAAAAAGGUUGCACGGGAUGUUGCUGAAUUAUUAGAAAGAGGUAUUGCUGACGGUGCUAAGCUUGGUUUAGACAGUAAUGACCUAUACAUUUCUCAAAUAUGGACCGGGAGUGAUGGCCAAUGGCAAAAACGUAUAGAAUGGAAGGGUAGAGGUAGACGUGGUGUCAUUGAACAUCCAUAUGUGCAUAUCAAGUGUAUUUUGAAAACAAAGAGUGUAACCAAGAGAAGAUUAGAACACGAGGCCAAGCUCAAGGAACAGAAGAAGAAACCAUGGGUUCAAUUGAGCGAUAAACCAAUCAGAGGCUCUAUGGGUGGUGUUUACAAAUGGUGA